AUGGCUCUCAGAGCAGUCCUCAUCACAGGUGCGACUGGUAAACAAGGUGGUUCAGUCGUUGAUGCCCUGCUCAAAUCGGACGCACCAUACGAAAUCCUAGCAGUCACCCGGGACGCCCAGUCGUCAUCCUCCCAGAAGCUCGAAAAGAAGUCGUCGAGGAUCAAACUCGUCACUGGAAAUCUCGAUGCAGCCGACGAGAUGUUCAAGGCAGCGAGAAAGUCCACCAAGAUGCCCAUUUGGGGAGUCUUUAGUGUUCAGGCGCUCGGAAAGAAUGAGGAGAAGCAAGGAAAGGACCUUGUAAAUGCAUCUAUCAAGAACGGUGUAUCGCACUUCGUCUUCUCUUCCGCGGAUCGAGGCGGUGCAAAAUCAGACUCGGAUCCGACAACCGUCCCCCACUUCAUCACGAAACAUAAUAUCGAGCAACACCUCUUCUCCGAAUCCAGGAAAGGCAACAUGACAUAUACCGUACUACGACCCGUAGCAUUUUACGAGAAUCUGACUCCAGAUUUCUUCGGCAAGGUGUUUACAACGAGUUGGGCGAUCAAGCUGCCAAAGGAGAAACCUCUACAACUUAUCAGUACUAGUGACAUUGGGUUCUUCGCCGCCCAAGCGUUCCUCAAGCACGAUACUUCGGUAUACCAAAACAAGGGUAUGUCGCUAGCAGGGGACACACUUUCGUUUGAACGAUUCAAGGAGACUUUUGGAAAGAGCACGGGUGAAAAGCUUCCGAUGACGUACCGGUCUGUCGCGGGGGCGCUGUGCUGGAUGUCGAAAGAGCUUGGGUACAUGUUCGAUUGGUUUCGCGAGAAGGGGUUCGGUGCAGAUAUUGAGGAGUGCAAGAGGAUGCAUCCGGAGAUGAAGGAGUUUGAGACUUGGCUCAAGACGGAGAGCUCGUGGAAGAAAGGCUAA